AUGCCGUCAAGUUUAAGGACUACUGGGAUCUGCAUAGUUGUGGCAGCCUCCACUGACCAAGGCUGGGCUCAAGUCAGGGCUACUGGAGACGAUGGCUCAUGUGGCGUCGGGCUAUGGGGUUGUACCGCUCUUCUUGGAGGCGACAGGAGGGCAGGCGAUGACUGGGCCAGUGGCUUGAACUGCUGUAUACUGUCAAUUGGAACCCUAUGUGCUAAUAUAACCAUAUUCAGUGAAAAAGUUGAGAUCAAGAAGCCAUAUAUUAUUCUUGAAGGAGACCGCGAUCAGCAAACUGUGAUUCAAUAUGGAGAUGGCGGAAAUGUUGUUACCAGUCCAACAUUUAAGUUGAAUGCGGAUAAUUUUGUGGCACGAUAUAUUGUAUUCAAGAAUACCUAUGAUAAUCUUCCUUCUAAAUUAGACGCCAGCGGGGUCAACACUACUUGGGCACCUGCAGCUGCAAUUAACGGAGACAGAGCAAGUUUUUACCAUUGCAGCUUCAGUAGCUUGCAGGACACAUUGACUGAUGCCAAAGGUCGUCAUUACUUCUAUGACUGCAAAAUUUCCGGCGCCAUAGACUUCAUUUGGGGAAAUGCACAAUCAAUUUACGAGAAUUGCCAGAUCAAUUCAUUGGCAUCAAAAAUAGCUCCACGGGUAGGUUUUAUUACAGCACAGGCUCGUGAAAGUCCAGAGGAAAAUACUGGUUUUGUAUUCAAAAAUUGUCAUGUGACUGGAUCUGGCCCUAUGUAUCUAGGAAGAGCUCAUACAAACCACGCAAGAGUAUUGUUUGCUGGGACAACAAUGGACAAUGUUAUUAGGGCAGAAGGUUGGGACGGGGCACGGUUUAAGGGCUCCGAGAAUUUAAUCUCCUUCUCGGAGGCCAAUUGCAGGGGACCUGGAGCAAACAUGUCGAAACGUGUAAAGUGGGAGAAGAAACUAUCAGAUCAAGAAGUGCUCUUGGCUGUGUAUGCUUUUUCAUCUAUCUCAAGCAGCGGCGCAGACGUUGGUGAAGGGUGCUCGGCUAUCGGCGACGAGAAGGCGUUUAGUGACCAGAUAGUGGCGGCGGCAGGCCAUGGAUCGUAUGGCACUGGUCUUUUCUCUGAGGCGUGUGGCUAG